ACGGCCCAGAUCGUCUACCACCCUCCUCUCCUCCCACUGCCGGGACAUUCCCACCACACGGGGAAAGUUGUCACGUCCUCUACUGUGUUUUUCCCCAGUGCCUGGAAGAGAACAUUGUCCGUGGUGCCGCCGGGUGCUGAUCCAGUUCGGAGCAGUGUGUGAGCUGACAAGUCAUGGAGUACACAGCAGCAGGAGCAUCCAUGUGUAAUCCUGAUAUGGAAUUUGAUCGGAACGUACCUCGAAUAUGUGGUGUAUGUGGCGACAAGGCGACUGGCUUUCACUUUAAUGCAAUGACGUGUGAGGGAUGCAAAGGUUUCUUCAGGAGAAGCAUGAAACGGAAGGCAAAUUUUACGUGUCCUUUUAAUGGUGAUUGCAGAAUAACCAAAGAUAACAGACGUCACUGUCAAUCCUGCCGGCUGAAGAGGUGCAUUGAUAUUGGCAUGAUGAAGGAAUUCAUCUUAACAGAUGAAGAAGUCCAGAGGAAGAGAGAUAUGAUCAUGAAGCGUAAGGAGGAGGAAGCAUUGAAAGAGUCAAUGAAACCUAAAAUGUCUGAGGAGCAACAGAAAGUUAUCAAUAUACUUUUGGAAGCUCAUCGGAAAACCUUUGACACAACCUACUCAGAUUUUAACCAGUUCAGGCCUCCAGUUAGAGAGAAGGAAAAUCCUUUUAGAAGAAUUACACGAUCAUCAUCUGUACACACUCAGAAUUAUUCAUCUGACUCUGAAGCAUUUAAUUCAUCUCCAGAACCAUCGGAAUACAGUUUCACCAGCUCACUGUUUGGAGCUUAUAGCAGUGAGAAUUCACCCUUUAGUAACGGAACAUCAGAGCUGUCAAUGCUCCCUCACGUUGCAGAUCUCGUUAGUUACAGCAUCCAGAAAGUCGUCGGCUUUGCAAAAAUGAUACCUGGAUUCCAAGACCUUAUUGCAGAGGAUCAGAUUGCCUUACUGAAGUCCUCUGUCAUUGAAGUCAUAAUGCUGCGCUCUAACCAGUCAUUUAAUCUGGAAGAUAUGUCUUGGACAUGUGGUAGCGAGGAAUUCAAAUACAAAGUUGAUGAUGUGACUCAAGCUGGCCAUAACAUGGAGCUUCUUGAACCUCUGGUUAAAUUCCAGAUUGGCCUGAAGAAAUUAUGUCUACAUGAAGAAGAGCAUGUGCUUUUGAUGGCCAUCUGCAUUCUUUCACCAGACCGUCCAGGUGUACAGGACAAAGAACUUGUGGAAGCCAUUCAAGAUCGCCUCUCCUUGGUACUACAAACUUACAUUAUGUGCAAACACCCAUCACCAGGAAGUAGAUUACUCUACCCAAAAAUGAUCCAAAAACUGGCCGAUCUCCGCAGUUUAAAUGAAGAGCAUUCCAAACAGUAUCGGAAUCUCUCCUUCUUGCCAGAAAACAGCAUGAAACUCACGCCGCUAGUGCAGGAAACUUUCGGCAAUGAAAUCUCUUAAAUUAAGACAUUUGCUUAUAUUGAUGUGUGAGUAAUUGGAUUUGUCCUAGACAAUAACUGUGACGGCAAUUCAUAUUAAUUCUUUUAUUCUGGGAAAUGUUUUGGAGUCUUUUCAAUCAAAGGAAUAAUUUGUGGCAGUUGUAUAUAAUGCAUAAUAUAUUUAAGCUGAUAUCUAUUGACAAUCUAGGAUGGGAACAAAGCUUUCUAUUAUUCCCUGCUAGAAACAAUGUCUUUGUCCUGUAUUUUUAUUCUGUAGUGCUCCGAUUGAGAAUAUUUGUCUUGGGUACCUUUAAAACUUUAAACUACAAACGCACAGACAUGCAUACACACACAUAUUUUUUAGAGAUUUAUUUACAAAAUACAUAUUUUUUUAGCUUUUAAGAAUCAGAUUUGUCAAAUAUGUGCGCUAAAUGCCAAAAGAAACUUUAAAGCCUUAAUUAACCACAAAAUCAUUUAUUUUUUCUACAAUAUUUACAACUUUAAUAAGCAAUCUUUUCCAAUUAUAAGCAAAGUAGACAUAACUGUGUCAUAUCCACUUAAA